AGAGGGAAGGAAAGAGAUAGUUGUUACAUUGACACGCUAGUAGCGUCCCCUUGCCACCACAACAACAAGAACCCAGGCCCGACUAUGUCAUGUCUCGUCAACUGCUCAAUUAUCUCCCCCUGUUCCUUCGUCUCGCGUUGUGUAUUUGUCCUGAGUCAAGGGACAGUACCCAGCACUGGGAAUAAAACGUGCUGGAAAGAAGCGAUUAAAAUUAACCUUUGCAAAAAAAAAAAAAAAAAUCGCGAUUAGUUCCCGUGCUGGAUUACAAACACAACUCUUGCAUAUUUAACGUAGUCUAAGGCUUUAUAUGUGUUACAUAGAUGUCAUUUAAUAUAUUCCAACAGUUAUAGAUCUAUAUUGUAGACCAUUCACCACAAACAACUCCAUGCUAUUCUAGAGAUUUCAAUGUUACCAGAUGUCCGCCAUCUAGUCUAGCUAGAUGUAGAUCUAGGAAAGUGACAAUAUGUAGAUCUUUUAAUCUAGAUUAUAAACUCUUUAUCUAUUGGACAGGAAUUAUUUCAAAAACCAUAAACGAAGGAAGCUGCAUGAACGGAUCUAGAAGGGAAAAAUGUAAUGCAUCACUCGGCUUGUAUUUCUGAAUCUGUCGUGUACCUGUCAAUCAAAGACUAUUAACAGAUAUUACACCAGAGUCCACGCAUGACUGACAACAGAUGGUGUACACCUGUGUCCUGUUGGAAAGAUUGACUGUCGCCUGUCAUCACGCUGCCAGUGGUCAAACAACGUGGAAAGAUUUAUUUCAUGGACUGGUCAACUAACUGGCCGGACUUUGGUCAGUGUUGAUUUUCUAUCCACUUGGCGGUCCAGUAAAUGUCAGUGGUGUUAAAAUGUGUCUGUGUCCAGAGGCCAGGUGAAAAGGUUCGUUUGGAUUUAAGAGUUUGUGAGCAACCAAUUUGGGAUUUUGGAUUUUCUAGGAUUUGAUCUUUGAUGGAUGACUCGAAGGAGGACAGUACAUACAGGACUAUGAUGUCACCGUUGGUUUUACUUGUCCUUCUUGUGACAUGUCACAUUGUCAGUCCAGAAGAGUCCCCAAUCCAGAAGACCAGCCUUGCCUGUGAAGACUAUCAUCUCCAGCUCAACUGCAGCCUUGGGGAGGUGGUACGCAUAGUGCGGGCCCAUUAUGGUCGCUUCUCUUUGUCCGUCUGCAACAAACACGGACAGACAGAUGGCUGGAAAAUAGAUUGCCACCUGAUGGCCAAAGAUAAAAUCUCGGAAAGGUGUGACGGAAGAAGAUCGUGCACAGUCCUUGUCAACAGUGAAGUCUUCACUGACCCAUGUCCAGGGACCUAUAAGUACGCAGAAGUCAAGUAUACGUGUGAAAAAGAGGUUUACCAGGCUCCAAGUCCAGCGCCAACAAAUGUCCGAAUGGGCGCACUGCUUCCUAGUUGGAAUGACCCACACACGACCCCCAAACCCCCAUAUAUUAACUCGAUGGUUGCUUUAAACUCAACGUCCAUCCAGAUCAAUUGGACGGUGGAAGUACCCGUCAUUACUGUUGCAGUCUACUGGACACCAGUCAAUGUAUCAAACCCGAAAACAGUGUUUGUCACUCUAGAUGGGAAAACCAGACAAACAGGCUCAACAUCAUUUGUAUUGAAUGGACUUAAGCCAAACACAACUUAUGCAAUAUUCCUCAAGCCAUUUUUAAAGAACACCAAUGGUCCCCCUACACAUACUGUUAAUGUAACAACACUGCCUGAUGAAAACCAGAAUGAUAAUUCCAGGAUUCAAGUCCGGCUCAAUUCUCAUAACGCGCAAAAUAUUUCUGGGAUUUCAUUGUCGAAUGGUUCUCUGGACAGUUCUUUGAGUUCUAAUGUGUCAAGAAAUGAAGGGACUAAAAUGGGCAGCAGUAGAGAAAUAGUAAGAAAUAUAACCUUGCUGAAACAACCAGCACUUGUGGCAAAGAAAAUAAAUGACAAAAGGUUGGAGGCCAUGGGUAAUGACAUGUCUACAUCCAGUCGUCUUCAAGAAUUUGUUCAGAAAGAAGAGGUUGAGAUCUUCAGGAAACCCAACACAUCAGUGUCAAGACACAGUGAGAUGUACAAUAACUACAACCAGAAGACUAACCUUAGAGCAAUGAAUUAUACAUCUCUUCAUGAAUACUGGAGGUAUUUGCUGUCCCUCUGGUCUGGCACAAAUAACUCCAUGUCUACAACCAAAUCUCCCAUUACUGAUUUGAGCACUGCCAGAUUAUCCACAACAUCUACUGUACCCACCGCUGUUCUACCUGGAUCUGAUGAAGGUAGCCAAUCCACUUUCAUCCCUGAUGAAUACAGCUAUUCCACAUCCAACCCAUCAUUGACUGUUAACGCAGAGCAAAGUAAGCUGUCCAAUCAUGAAUCAACGUAUGAAUCACCUCAUGGAAAUACAACAACACACAAACCGCACACAGGCAGAGUUUUCCCGCUAUUUACUAUCAAGCCUGAGCCUGUAGAUCAUAGAAAAACAACGGCUAAAAAAUACUUUCCAGCAACGGCAAGCACCCGAACCACGACUUUAAGUGUGUCCACGCACAAGUCUCCAAGUCCCACUCUCACACCUGGACUUGGCUGGAUUACACCUGAUGAAGAGCGCCCUCCACCUGAUAUUAUUCAAGACAUUGACAGGCGAGUCUGUCCCAGAGAAGCAAAGCAUGGCCUGGCCUGGCCUGAGAUAGGUUUUGGUCAGAGAUAUGAACAACUGUGCCCCGGAAAGCUCAAUGGUAUUGCUGCAUGGACUUGUACUGAGUUGGGAUGGGAGUCUAGCGGACCAGACAUUUCAAACUGUUAUUCACAAUGGUUGAGAGAUAUUCAGAUACUAGUUGAUGAUUUGGAUAGACAUCGAGUUGUGCCCAUGCAGUCAAGGCUUGGGAAAGGCAAUGUUGAUGUUAUAAUGUCCAAUCUGAAUGAAAAAGUCAUGGAGGAAGAAGUUAUCCCAGGAGACAUUAAAAGAACAAUCCUUAGUAUUAUCCCAAAAUUGCUUCAAGAAUUUAAGGAGGAAGUUGAUUUGGAGACACCCAUUAAUAGACCUAUCAGAAUGAAGAUGUUUAGAAGGGGCUAUGUGUCAGUAGGAAGUAAUCUUCUCAAGGAAAAGCAUGUCAAAAGCUGGAAAUCUCUGACCAAACAAGAUCGGCAAAAAGCAGCAACAUCGUUACUUCUAAGCAUAGAAAACUUUGGCUUUGAAUCUGCUCGGUUUAUAGAAGUUGGGUCCAGAGAACGAGAAGUGGCUAGUAAUGUAGUGGUUGAGGUUGAGAGAGUCGAUUCUAGCAAAAUAAAAGAGGAUGUGACAUUUCCUGCAAGGAAUCCCCCAGAGUCUAGAAAAAUAGAAGAUGAUAGGAUGUUUUUGACAAGCAGGGGCUAUGGGCCUGGCAUAGAGUGGGCAGAAAUCACUGACACUAUCACCAUACCAAGUGUCAAUUUACAAAUGGAAGCUGGUGUUACAGACAUAGUGUUCACCCUAUUUAAAAAUUUAGAAGAUUUGAUCCCCCCUCAGCUAAACAUUGUGACACCAUUGUCCCAUGAAAUCAAUAGUCACUUCAAUUCUGGAACUAUUAGAGACAAUAACAAAGCUAAUACCGCUCCGCAACUAGUCGUCAACUCCAAUGUCAUCUCAGCCUCUAUAAAUGGAACAAGACAAAGGAGGAAGCUACACAGACCAGUUCAAUUUACAUUGCAUCAUAAAACUGUUGUCCACAAUGCCGUGCCCAUUUGUUCCUUUUGGAAUAUAGACAUUAGUAGUAGUACGGGAAAAUGGGCCAGUGAUGGCUGCAAUGUGGUCGACACCAACACAACACAUACAACCUGUUCCUGCAACCAUUUGACCAACUUUGCUUUGUUGAUGGAUGUCACUGGGGUCAAGUUAUCCGAAGAAAGCGAACUGGCACUUCGAGUGAUCACGUAUGUUGGUUGUAUCAUAUCCAUUGUUUGCCUGCUGCUUAGCUGGAUCACAUUUAUGGUGUUCAAAAAUCUGCAGUGUGACAGAAACACAAUACAUAAAAAUCUGGUCCUGUGUCUGCUUCUAGCAGAAAUUGUCUUCUUAGCUGGUAUAGCACAGACAGAACCCAAGUUCCUGUGUUCCCUAAUUGCUGGCAGUCUACACUAUCUGUUUCUUGGAGCCUUCGCCUGGAUGUGUUUGGAAGGUGUCCAGUUGUAUGUAAUGUUAAUAGAAGUCUUUGAACAAGAGCGGUCAAGGCUGAUUUGGUAUUAUCUCUUUGGAUAUGGUGUUCCUGCUGUGAUUGUGUCAAUCUCUGCUGGUAUUUACCAUCAAGGAUAUGGCACUGACAGACACUGCUGGUUAACUACUGAGCGGUCAUUCAUUUGGGCAUUUGUUGGUCCAGCCUUGGCAGUCAUGCUGGUCAACAUUGUCAUGCUUGGAAUAGCUAUUUAUGUUAUGUGUCGCCAUACAAACAUGUCAGCCAACACGAAAGAAAGGUCAAAGGUGACCAAGUUUAGCAUGUCUGAAAGUCUUAGCAGUAUGGAGACCUUUGCUUCUCCUAAACUUCGUUUUCCUGACCUACCUGCUUGGCUGAAAGGUGCUAUGGUGCUGGUGGUACUUCUGGGGCUGACCUGGCUGCUUGGAGUCUUGUAUCUAAACAAAGAGAGUGAAAUUAUAGCCUAUUUGUUCACCAUACUCAACAGUCUUCAGGGAAUGUUUAUUUUUAUCUUCCAUUGUAUCAAGAAUGAGAAAGUGCAGAAGGAGUACAGAAAGGUCGCUCGUCGUACAGCAUGGCUACCUAAUUGUAUCAGGGUCAACUAUGGUGGCUACAAUGGUGUUGCUUCUAGCUCGCCGAUUCCUUCGACUGGCUCUGGCAAUUAUCUCUCCAGAUUGUUUGGUCCAGGAAAGCGAAAGCGUUCUGAGGUUUCUACCAACAGUUCAGCCAAACCUUUUCUUAGUCAGGCAGACAAUCACAGACAAAGUGAUGUGGAAUUCUCAUCAAGUCGAGAUGCCAGCAGUGCUCCAGUCUCACUGAAUGGCUACGUCUAUACACCAGGUUUCACCAGCACACAGUAUCCAGUCAUUAGUCAGUCAAGUCUGAAAGGCGCUCCUAAUAGAAUGUUGGCUCCACCGAGUCAAUUAGCACCAUGUUGUGAGACAGAUUGUGCUGGAGAGUUAUCAGAGUACUUGGAUUGUUCAGUUGUAGAUUCUGAGUUUGUCUCUGAGUAUUGUAGGCACAACAUGCAGGUUAGCAUGGAACAGAAACGUUACUCAACGGAAUCUGAAGACAGUCAAAUUGUUCCAAAUUCCCAUAAUCUGAAGCCUUUAGACAACGACAAUUUAUCAACGUUGUCUAUGGCAUCAAGCAGUCGUAAGCCUUCCUCUUUAGUCUCCUCUUUGGCAGGAUCUGAACAGAAACUGGUUUUAAAUAACUUUCCCAGAGAAGGCGCCACAAGUGACCCGAAACUUAAUUUGAACCAAUAUAUCAUUCCAACUUCCAAGAAAGUCCAGACAAACAAUUUAAUUGUGAAUGCUGCUGGCGAGCCCAGAAGUGCCAGCAUGAACAAACUGACAAAGCCAGCAGCUUCGCUGUCCAGCAUUCCAGAGUCUGAGCACAGCCCUCAGCACUCCAGCACACCAAACAUUCAGUUCAGCCCAGACAGGGGAGGCCGAUCUAGGCGUGAGCCUGUAUCAGACUAUGAGGAGUUAUCUCCAUCCUCCACUAUUGACAGCCCAUCCUCGAUUCAGUCUAGUCUGCCGAAUUUGGACAUGCUGACCAUUGAUUGUGAGCAUGGGGAUCAUGACUGUAACAGAAGGAGACACUCUUCAGAAACAGAGAUUCAGUUUAGUCCAUUCAGAUUCACUGCAACUGAGUGUUAAUAUCGAAUAUGGAUUUUCAGACCAGUCUAGCAUUAAUAUCACUUCAUUAUUUUUCACAUUCUCAUUCUUGAAGAGACAAAGAGUUACAAAACAUUUGAUUCAAUGCUGAAUCACUCACUCAUUUCAAAUUGUCUACCAAAGAAUGGAUUAAAUAUGAUAUAGACUAUAGUGUCGAAAGGUAAAAUCCUUGGGUUUAAAUCCUUGUUCUGUGUUUUCUUACAAUAGUUCAACAAAAUAAAAGUCUAUUAUUAUCAAGGAGAACUUAGUCUGUGGUCAUGUGAUCUAGACCUAAAUGGGAUUCUUAGUCUGUGGUCAUGUGAUCUAGACAUACAUGGGGUUCGCAAUGUCUAGUCUCUACCUUGAGGCAGUUCCCUUUGCUAUUGUUGUUAAUAUUAUGACUUGUGUUUCUUUAAGAAUUUGGACAAAUUUCAAAGUGAAAAUCUUUUUGUUCUUAAUCCAGUAGAUGGAAAUGAAAAUGCCUAAACACAAAAUCUCCUUUAAGUUCUCUUUUUGUUAUCAAAAAGUUAUUUGUUUUCAUUUUGGAUAAAAUCUUGGCAUUGUGUUCUGGGCACUGUAGAGUUCCAAUAAAAAGGAAAAAAGAACAACGCUGGCAGAAGAAAAACGCCAGUAAAGAAAAGCAAGACAAACGACACUAGCUCCAGCUGGAAUAACCUGCCCAGUGUGCAGCCGAACAUUCCGGGCUCACAUAGGUCUCACCAGCCACAUGAGGAGGCAUAAAACCCCAGUGCAAAGCCCUCACCCCUGGAUGACAAAGUGGUCAUCAUCGAACCACCAUGGACAAACUAUAGAGUUCCAAUAUAAAUAGAUGCAAGUAUAUUUAAUUUAAAAAUAUAAAUAUAUUCAAUUUAAAAGCGUAUGUCAUUGUAUGCAUACACACAUUUUUAGUGGCAAUGCUAAAAACUAAAGUCAAGGUUUGUAGUGUUUUUUUUUUAGUAUAGGGUUUGAUACUACAUGCUGUUCUAACCAUUCCUACAUUCUGCCUCAUCAAAUGUGUUUUCAGAAUUAUGUCCCCUGUAAUUAAAGAACGGCUUGCUAAAAAAUGUCUAUAUUUCAAAUGAUGCUUAUGGCAAUACCAAGCAUAUUCGAAGUGUACAGAUUGUUUGGUGUAAAUAAAAUGUUUUGAUGUACAAUGGUGUCAUGAAUCAUGUGAUAUGUUCUCUUCUACAUUUGUUACUUUUUAAGACGAAACAUCACAACAAUCUAGCACAAAAUAUUUAUUUUAUGAAUAAUUGUUUUUGGAAUCCAUCAUUUGAUUCUUGUAUGUUUUGAACUGUUUUUUUGUUUUUUUGCGUUCCAUUUUUUUUUUUUAUUUCUAUUGAGAGAAUUGGCUGUGUUUAACUUUAGUUAGAUAACAUGAAUCUGUUUGAUCAGACUAUCCAAUGAUGUUACUUAUUGAACGGUUAGAAAAAUGUAUUUGCUAAGGUAUCAAAUAUAAACUGAAUGUUUUAGGAACAUUUGCAAUUUAAUGAGAAAGUUUCUUUUCUUGUAUAUUAGGAAUUGAUUUCAAAGUUUUAUGACAACUGUUAGGACUUAUGAUGAUUUAAUUUUGUCACUUUUUAAAUAUUUAAAAUGAUUUUAGAAUGACUUGACACUUAUGAGCGUUUAUUAAGAUACUUAAUUACAAGAUCUAGUUCAAUUUUAGUUAAAAGAAUUACCAAAACAUAGGUCAUAUUGACUAAAAGCUUUCAUAAAAUUUGAAAACUAAAAAUUACACUUUUUUUCCUUACAAGAAAAAAAACAACAACUAAUGUUUUUGUUUUAACAUCAUUGUGAAUUUUUUUUCUUAUUGCCAUUGCCAUUGAGAGUUCACUUGCAUAACUAUUAAAAAUGUCCCUAUACAGCUAUAGUAUUUGUUUAGAUCAGUGGUAUAUAUUUUCUUUUCUCUACUGACCUAGUUCUUGAUUUGAACCAAGACUUGAUUAUGAUGAUUUUGUUGUCAUUUUUUUUAUACUUCAGUAUUUUUUUUUUAAAAUCUUAAUUUAAUUACUCAUAGUUGUUAUUUUUUCUUCUUUUUGUAAAUAUAUAUUUCUGUUUAAAGAUUGAACAAAAAAAAUUGAGUCCAAAAAAUGUUCUGUAAUGUGCUGAUUGUUUUGAGCCAUUUUCAAAUGUAGGUUUUACAUUCGGUUCAGUAACAUCUUUAUUCAACAGACAAUGACUAUGUAAAUAAACCUAAAUAUAUAUAUGAGACAAAACGAAUUAAAAACAUACAAUAUUUAGAA